UCAGACUACCCCUACUGAGACCAAGGUGAUCCCCAUCAUGAACCCCAAACUGACCCAGGAACGGCAGAAACAGCUUUGCUCCUUACUGGGAAACGUCAGACUCAGCCUGCUGUUCAAGGCCAGUAUACAUGGCUACACAGGAGCAGCCUUUCACCAGAAAUGUGACCACCAAGGUCCCACAGUCUCUGUAGGAUAUAACUCCACAGGGUUUGUUUUUGGAGGCUACACUAGUAAAGAUCAUGAUGUAGUCAAGCUCAACCAGUACAUACAGGAUGACAAAGCCUUUUUGUUCAGUUUAACUGGUAGAAAUCCUGUCACGUAUCCUGUCACAUAUGCCCAAUAUGCGGUCAAAAUGCUUAAAACAACUGGCCCUUACUUUGGGGAGGAUUUAAUGUUUAUGAACGCUAACACAGCUACAGUGAUCAGCAGCCCAGGAAAUUACUACAACUUCAAUGAUGCAGAAAUGCAUGGCAACGACCUCAACCUAACUGAGUGUGAGGUGUACAAAGUGGAAGGUGAGUGUAGAAUAAAUUAUCUGUUCUCUCUUUAAAUGUGUAUUAUUGUUAUUGUUCAUGUUAUUGUGCUUUUUUUUUUUUUUUACAGAGGGUGGUAUCAUCGAAAAGCCAUGGAGGACAAUUCUUUGGAAAGCUGAGUAAGCUCUACCUAGAAAUUAACCUAAUGUUAUUCUUUUGUGAUGCAGUAAUGCCUAUGUUGAUGUUUUGACUACAAGAAUUGCAUCAUGUGAUUCUCACAUGGGCCACAUAUACUGAAUGUUAUAAUAUUGAUGAGUACAGUACAUUAAAGUAUUUGCGUAUUAAAUGAAGAGGUUCUUUUUUUCCACAGGAACAGAAAUGCGCUGAUGGAGUCUGUUAAGCUCUACAAGCCCAUGAUCAGUACUGUGGGUCAGGCCAGAGUUCUACUCAUCGGCCCCGUCGGUGCUGGAAAGUCCAGCUUUUUCAACUCUGUCAACUCUAUCUUCCGAGGCCAUGUGACCAGCCAGGCCAUAUCGGGCAGCUCUGGCACCAGUCUGACCACCCAGGUAUGUGGUCUACCAUGUUAACCAACUGGUCUUCUUUUUGUGUCUCUGCUUAAAAAAUUUGAAUGCAUGUCAUCAUAUUUAUGUGGACAAAACACAGUUUACCUACCUUUUUUGGCUCAACGGUCUACCCACCUUUUGAAUGUAUAGGGAGCGUUACUUUUUCUGUUCAUAGUUUACCUACCAAUUUUUUUAACCACUACAUCACUGGAUUAAAGGAUGACUUAUGAAUUGCAUUUCACAGUUUCGCACCUACUCAGUGAAGGCAGGACGCGAUGGCAAACCUCUGCCAAUCAUUUUGUGUGACACGAUGGGAUUGGAGGAGGCCACGGGAGCGGGGCUAGAUGUCGAUGACAUCAGCAGCAUUCUGAAAGGCCAUGUGCCAGACAGAUACCAGGUGAGGGGCACCACACACAAACACACUUUGCUUCUCCUCGGUGUGAACGAAACUCACUCUAUUUCCCUUUCCCAGUUCAACCCCUCAGUCCCUCUGCAAGCAGAUGCCCACGGAUUGCGGCAGUCUGUGAACCUGCAGGACAGGAUCCACUGUGUGGUGUAUGUCAUGGACACCUGCAAAGUCUCCAUUAUGUCCACCAAACUGGAGGAGAAACUGGCAGCCAUUCGCAGGAGGGUCAACCUGCUAGGUCAGUCAGUCAGAGAGAAUACUGGGUUAAAGGUUAUGGAUUAUACAGAUACUAGCUCAAUCCCUGGUUAGUGACACUAAAGGAGGGUUGUUGUUCCACAGGUAUUCCACAGCUGGUUCUUCUGACCAAGGUGGAUGAGGCCUGUCCGUGUGUUACAGACAACUUGAGGAACGUGUACAACAGCCAGUACAUAAAGACCAAGGUGAGCUCUGCACUUCCCCCUGCAUUAGAUGACUAUGAACAGUCACAUGAACGUUUGGGUAACAUUGGGGUAACGUUUGGUGUGUCCCGACUCCCAUAGGCCCAGGAGGUGAGUGGCCGUCUGGGGGUGCCCAUGUCCUGUAUUGUCCCAGUGAAGAACUACAGUGAAGAGCUGGAGCUGGACAUGAGCUGUGACAUCCUGCUCCUCAGCGCCCUCAUCCAGAUGCUCCGCUUUGCAGACAACUACUUUGAUGAAGUCAGCGACCAAGAGAAGCACAACCAGACCAAGUGAGGACCAAGUGGAGGAGACCACCCUGCAUGGUGGUGGUAUUGCCUGUCUAGGCCACCUUGUUUAGUCCUCUCUGCCUCAUUCUGUAUAUCUUGUUCUAUGAUGUUCAUGUAAUCAUUAUGAUGACUAGUUAUCAUUACACUAAACUACAGAAUGGUGAAGCUCAAUGAUAAGAAUAACAUGCCUGAUUGAGCCUACAUCUUGAAUAUUUAAUUCAAUUGCUAGAAAUCAUUUGUGUUUAGGCCUUGAUUGAAAGUUAGUUCACUAGCGUUGCUAAUUAUGUUGUUUACCUCAUUGUGAUUAUUUUGAUUAUAUGGGAUAGAUGAAAGGCCUGGGUUUCCUUCACAUGUUCAGUGGUUGCUUUGCAUCAAACUAAAGGCAUCACCACUCUAUACUAGUUGAUCCUAUAUAGUCAGUUCUUGGCCAGUCUCAUAUAGCAAUCUGCUCCUCAGAAUAUACCCAAGCUGAUGAGAAAAUAGAGGUAAAACUUAGUACAAGAUCAUGUUGUUUAUAUUGGAUUCACUUCACAUUUAGCUUGCAAAUGCUUGAAGUUUAAUCACUAGAUGGCAGUAUAUCACCAUUAAACUGAAAAUAAGUUGCUGAUAGUAUGUACUGCUGUUGGAAAAGCUGCCCAUUGUGUCCUCAUUUUUCAUUGUGUUAGUUGACACUGUAUGGUACAUUUAAAUCACCAUUGAUCACAUGUGAAACAGUAACAGUCAAUGGAAUGAACAUGUUUGAGCAUGUUUUUUGAGCAGUGUUUCACUGUUCCCCUUUAUAUUUGUCCUGACCUGUUCCUGGACUACUCUGCUUUCUUUCAAAUAUAAACUGUCAACUACUUUCUGCUGCCACGUCUUGCCGGUGUUCAGCGGCGUAUAGCAAUAAUGGUAACAUUUUGCAUUACAACUAAGGAGCUUUAACUUCAUUUAGACACCAUGUCCCUUCUAGGACAGGUUACACAGAGGUCUUACUGUGUAAUGCAGUGUGAUUCACUGUCCUCGCCCGAGAAAAGGAACACAAGCACUCUGCUGAGUCUGCUCCAAAACAGUGGGAGAAUAUUUUAUUUUUGGGGCCUCGCCAACUCUUUCAAAUGACGUCGCUGGAAGACCAGAGCUCCCACCAUUGCUGAAAUGCAAACACCCCCUCCCAACGCCUAACUCAUAUCUCCUAUAUGAAAGCAGAAAUGAAAUACAAUAAAAGUCAAACAUGUAUGACAAAGCCAUAAUGUGUCAGAAGUCCAGUUUAGAUUGUGACCGAGGGAUCCAAAAGAGUAGUUUUGGUCCAGGGUGACUUCAUUUAAUUGGAUCUUUAUCAGUAGACUUGCUAAAUGUCACUGUGACAUUAAAAUAUUUCAAAAUGACAAGCGGAAGGUUCUUGAACAUUAUUUUGUAUACUUUAUUAAUCAAUAGACUGCUC